UGGUGGCAACAUUGGCUAGAGCAAGGGUCGCGUUUACUGUGUACAAAGCAGUGUUAAGGCUGGUGAGGGAUAGUACUGACGUCCUGCUAAGCUGCUCUUGACUCCACUCACUCAGCACCGGAGAAAUGGCGAAGGGUGAUGCUCAGCCUUGUGAAAUGGCAAGGGGCGUGGCGCAACAGUUUGACAUCCCGCGCAGUGACCAUCCAUCCUUUGACAUGACCAGGUAUGUUACGCAAUCGUCGGAGAUGGUUCGUGGGGCGUAUCAGUCGUUUGACAUGAGCAAGGGUGCACACCAGCCUUACGAAAUGCCCAGGGGCGUCGGACACACCUUUGAAAUGACUAGGGCCGUAGCUCCCCCAUUUGACAUGCCACGAACUGUGCCACAGUCAUUUGAAAUGCCAAGAGGAAUCCAUCAGUCGUAUGAUAUGCCCAGAGGAGUCGCACAACAGUAUGAUAUGUCCAGAGGCGUUGGCCAACCGUUUGAAAUGCCAAGGGGAAAUACAGUAUACGAUAUGCCAAGAGGACCUCAGAGCUACGAUAUGCCGAGAGGUAGUCACUCUUAUCACUACGACAUGGCCAGAGGUGUAGCGCCAUCUCUUGACAUGACCCAAGGUGGCAUGGAUGUGGCUCACCCCUUUGACUAUGGUAAAACUUUUCAGCAGUGCCAUGAGACUGAGUCCACUGGUCCUGCCAAAUCAGAUGUACAGCACCACAUGCCCGAUGUACAACAGGGACUGGAGGUACCAAUGGAGAUGCCCAAGACCGCCCCGCAGUCCACAGUCAAGACUAAAGGCAGUGCACAGAAGGGAGUUAGUCAUCCCUUUGAUUUUGCUAAAGGCUAUGCCCAGCAGCUGGAGAUAGCUAAACGAGCUGCUCAGAGUGCAAUACAAGCUAAGGUACAAGCUCAGAAAGUGGAAAAGGCAAGGCAGGAAGCAGAACAGGCAGAUAAAGCAAAGCGGGAGGCAGAAGCGGAAAAAUCAAAACGAGAAGCAGAGGAAUUAGAAAAAGCCAAAACUGCUGCACAGCCGUCCGAGAUCUUAAAGCUUUAUGCGCAACAAUUAAAAAUGAUGAAAAAUGCUGCCAAACCCUCGGAGAUCGCCAAGAUGUACGCCAAGCAACUUGAAAUGGCCAAAGCUAAUACAUCCAAAUCAGAAAAAAUAAGAAAGCCAGGCCCAUACUCAGACAGAUCAAAAAGAGGAAAGGUAUCCAGUCAUUCCAUUGACAAGGAAAAUGAAGGUGUCCAGGUUUCAGAAAAGUCAAAAAGUAUAAGUCGAACAUCCGGCAAAGAAACACAAUCCAAUGGAAAGUUCAAUGAAAUGGAAACAGACGAGAGCAAUGAUAUCCAGACUGAGGAAUCUAAAGGUGACCCGCCACCCUUUGAAAUGUCAAAAUACCUCGCUCAGUUAUCCAAAAUGAAGAAAGGUGGCGCUCCACCUGUGGAAAAAGAUGAUUCACGGUCAAACGAGGGUGGGAGAAGUGAAGAUCAGCAGUCUGACACGGUUCAAGAAGACAAUGCCUCACCAUCUACUGACACAGCAAAAACUUCUGGUCUUGCAUUUCCCUUUGAAUUAAUGAAGAAUUUGGGUUUACCAUUUGGAAUAGGUAUUACCGGAGCUGGUGGUCUUAGAGCUAAACGUGACCGACAAGAACUGACCAUUGCAAACAAAGCCAAAUUGAUAGAGCAGGUGGAAGCAAGGGGUGCGAAAAAGAAAGCUGAUAUCGCUAGAGAAUGGGGCUUAAGACCUUCUACGCUUUCAACUAUAAUGAAAAACAAAGAUAGAAUACUGACACAAUUCAAAUCUCAAAGAUAUGCAGCUGGACGUAGACGAAUGCGCACAGCAGCAUACCCUGACGUAGAAGAAGCCCUUCUUACAUGGUUUAGAUACGCUAGGGCGGCUAAUAUACCAAUUACAGGCCCCGUCCUCCAAGGCAUGGGCGUCACCCUGGCUCAAGAACUUGGCCACCCGGAGUUUUCUUGUAGUGUUGGCUGGCUGGAUCGGUUUAAAGCAAGGCAUGGACUCUCCUUCAAUCCUAAAAACAACCAGGAUUCGGGAGGUGGUACCUUUAAUGAGCCAGCUGAUAGACAGCCUAGUCCUCUGCCAUCUGUUCCGCUUGAAGCUGAUUCUGAUUCUGAAUCUUCACCAAAUUCUUGGUUUCCACCUUCAAUGCCAACAACAGGAACAUCUGCCACAGAACCAACAGAUAGUGCCACAGAUACAUGGUUUAACACUUCCCUUCCUAACCUGAAUACUACCUCAACAGUAGAAACACAAGAACAAUUGAAUAAAUGGUUCCCAUCAACACUAGAAGCAGAGGAGGAGGAACCUACGACCCCUGCUCCUGCCGAAGACCCAACAAGUACCUGGUUUUACAGUACAAUUCCUUCGCUCUUGAGAGACUACAAAUCUCGAGAUAUUUUCAGUGCCAGCGAGGCAGCUCUCUUUUAUAAUCUCCUACCCGACAGAUCCCUUGCUAUGAAAGGAGAAGACGGCCACAAGUGGACAUGGGUUAAAGAACGACUUACAUUUAUGGUUGCUGUUAAUAUGGAUGGCAGUGACAAACUUCCAUUGUUGGUAAUUGGGCAGAUGAAGGACCCAAAAAUCUUUCACAACGUGGAAACUUUACCGUUACCUUAUGAAGCAAAUGAUUCAGCAAUGAUGACAUCGUCUAUUUUUGAAAAUUGGGUACUGCAACUGGAUGAGCAAUACCAAAAUUUAAACAGAAAUAUUGUAAUUUUAGUCAAUGCAUGCCCAGCACAUCCAAACAUCGAUAACCUUAGAUGUGUUCGGCUAAUAUUCCUUCCCAAAGAAACAACUUCUCAACUACAACCAGUUGAGCAAGGAAUUAUUCAGAACUUAAAAACCAUUUACCGCCGCUUUGUGUUGGAAAGACUAAUCGAACACAGUGAAAAAGGGCAGGACUACGAAGUUACAGUGUUAGAAGCAAUGGAGUUUUUGGAGGAGGCGUGGAAGCAAGUUAAAACGGAACUCAUCGUGGACAGUUUUAAACAAGCUGGACUCGAGCAACUAGAUAUUGACUCUGCUAAGCUAGGCUGCGAGGAUGAGCAUGCAUUACUGGAACGCGCCAGGAGAUCCGGCAUUGACAUCCCUGGAGAUGUAACUUUUGAGUCCUAUCUCAACGUGGACAGUCAGGUGCAGACGACGAUGGAGCAGAAUGAGGCUGGAACCACAGAGGCUGAGCAGGCACUGGGAGGGGAUGACACUGAGAUGGGCAGUGUGGUCGGACCCAUCCUGCCCAGCGUGGCCAUGCAUGCACUCGCUUCACUACGGAAGUUCGUACAGGAACAAUGUGGACCCGAGAAUUUUCUCAAUUCAUUGGCUGAAUUGGAGGGCUGGGUGACAAAACACACAGUCAAACCUGAGGUUUCAUUCACAUCUGAAUGAAUUAAUCUUAAACGGUAUAUAACUGGAAGGAAUAAAUGGCCCUCUUUAGGGCCCAGACGACACCAGGUGAGAUGCGUCCCCGUCGCGGUGUCGGUAAUACGAUGUGCCUUCAGGUACACGUAGCUGAAUCUCACAUAUGUUGGUACAAUCUUGGUAAAUUAUAUUUAUUAAAUUACAAAUGCAACAUUGUAAUACUAAUGAA